GGCUUAGGGUGUCGCCUCUCCCCCCCACACACAACCGAACAGUUGUGGCGCAGGGUAGCUGAGCAAGAAGGGGGUUGUGAGGGUGACAACAGCCAGUUUGGUGGUCUAGAGGUUAAGAAAAGUGAUUACAGAGGUGUUUUGAAUGUUGCCCCUACACUUAUUGUGUCUUGAUUAUAGGGAAUACUAAAUGGUUGAUACAACACGCAUAGACAAAGGGUCACAAUUUCGACCUGUCUACUAACAAGUAUUAUUGACACAAGGGAACAGUCGGGUUUUUUUUUUAUCCAGGAUUGACUGGCUCUUCUUGCAGUCCACAGUUCACAAUUUCCAGCUCCCUAAAUCAAAGGGUUAAUCUUCUUUUACAUCUCAGACACAGUUAGUCUUGAGCCAAGGAAAAUACCUCACCAUCAGCUAUCAUGCAACCUAUUGAAACCUUAUCUGUCUUUGAGGCUGUUCAGAAUACAGCUUUAAUGAAUGGACUUUGUCUUGUCACUGAAUCAACAGAAGAUAUCACUUCUGUGGCAGUUCCAGAAACCAAGGAACUCCAGCAAGCUAAAUUAAUCCUAGAAGUAUCAGACCGGAUGUAUUGUUCUGUUUGCUCAAAGGCUUUUGAGAAUCGAGAUGAACAGAAAGAGCAUUAUCGGCUAGAUUGGCAUCGCUUCAACCUAAAACAGCGAUUGUUGGGACGUCAGAUGCUCACAGCUGAAGAAUUUGAAGCGAAGACUCAAGCAGAUGAUGUCUCCAGUAUCUCUGGUUCUGAUUCCAGUGACUGUGAGUCAACUAGUGAAUCUGAAUCACAAUCUUGUCUGAACGGUGAAAGAAAAGGAACCAGCUACUUCAAUCCACGCUCUCAACGUGUAUUGUUCAAAAACUCUGAAGCCCAACUCAUUUCGGUCUUUCGCUGUGUACUGCUAAACACUACAAAGGGCAGUUUGGAAGAGCCUGCAGAGCUAGUGGCUUCCCUUCAGAGGCAGAACCCAAGAACCUCUUGGGUUAUCCUGAUGGCUGGUGGAGGUCACUUUGCUGGAGUGGUUUUUCAGGGGAAUGAGAUAUUGGCACACAAAACUUUCCAUCGGUACACAGUGCGAGCUCGACGAGGUACAGGCCAAGGAAUGAGGGAUGCUCAGGGGACAAUGCCAAAAUCUGCUGGCGCCUCAUUACGGCGCUACAAUGAGGCUGCUCUCCUUAAAGAGAUUCAGGAGCUGCUAACAAGCUGGACAAAUUAUUUAAAAGAAGCAGAGUGCAUCUUCCUUCGUGCUCCACACAAUAACCAAGCUCUCUUCUUUAGCAGCAAGCAUGGCCCUCUUCUGCGAGGUGACCCACGUAUCCGGCGUAUUCCUUUCAGCACCCGAAGAGCCACCUUCCGUGAGGUGGAACGGGUCCAUGGGACUUUAAGCAGUCUGCUAGUAUACGGAAAUAAUACAACAGUGGCAGAUCUGACUAGUUCUCCUCGGAAGACCUGGAAAAAAGUAACUCGUAAGGAUGAAGCAUCUCUACAGCCUUCUGGCACUAGUGAGGAGGGCAGCCAUUUUGAAGCUGAAGGAAUACAUUCCUAUUCUGUCACCCUUCCUGAUCAGUGCUCUGUAGCAAGGAUAGAGGAAGAAGAAGUGGGGGAAGAAAAUCUGGAACUGGUGGAGGAGACACUAAAUUUAUUAGAUUUACGUGAAUUUGAGGUGACACCAAAACAGAAUCGUAAAAAGAGGAGGAGGAAACCCAAGACACCGCCAAAGUCUAACAUGGAGACUUCAGGAAGUGUUGAACCCAGUACCUCAGUAUGUAGAGGACCAGAGUCAACUGAGGUCCAAGAACAGCAAGAGUCUCAAGAUGCUCCCAGCACAACUCUGCAAGAUGCCUUAUUUACAGCAUGUAAAAUGGGAGACAUCGGAGCCCUACAGCAUCUUCUGGGAAUGGCUGAUAAUACAACAGAUAACAGUGAGUGCAGCGAUAAAGUCACAAAACAGUUGCUCAACACACCCCUGGAUGAGAGUGGCUGGACUGUUUUGCAUGUGGCGGCAGCAGCAGGAAGAACUGCAGUUGUGCGGCUCUUGUUGGAGAGUGGGGCUGACCCUGCCAUCAGGGACAGAAAAGAACAGCCUCCAUACUGUGUGUCUACCAACAAGCAAACCCGUAAUGAAUUCCGUAGAUUCAUGGGUGAACAGCCAGAGAGAUAUGACUACACCCGAGCUCAGGUGCCUGGCCCUCUAACUGCAGAAAUGGAAGCCAGACAAGCAGAACGCCGACGAACACAGAAAGCCCUACGGAAGCAGCGAGAACGAGAAGACCGUGAAGCACAAUUACUUCUGGAGCAAGAACAGGAAGAGAAAAGGCGGUUUGCCCUGCUCAGUGAUCGUGAGAAGCGUGCUCUGAUGGCUGAGAGGAGAUUUGCUUCUCAAUUAAAAGACUCUGGUGCAUCUUUGACCAAUACCAGGCGCUGCUGGUUUUGUGGGGAAUCUCUACUGGGUUGCAUUCCUUUCCAUUAUCUUGACUUCUCCUUCUGCUCCACAAAUUGUCUCCAAGCCCAUCGACGAGGGGAAACUGCCCCAUCCUAGCUGGAAGUUUUGCUUUGGCAUCAAGGGACUACAACAGAAAUCUCACCCCGGGACAGUUAUCAUUUUAGAAUGGUGAAAGAUUAAGCACAGCAGGGAAGUCACAAGUAAUGGUUUCCAAGUACUUCAUAGGAAGCUAAUAUGGACUGCUGUUAUUUGAGAAAUGAACUUCUUUUGUAAGACUGUAGUUUUUUCAAUUUUAAACUAGAUUAUUUAGGAACUGGUUAAAAAGAGCAACUUCUCUCGCCAGAUAUGUUGGGCCUGCCCCACUAGAAUUAACUGCUGACUGGGAGUUCUGUAAGUUAAGAAUUGUAAUACAUCUUUGCUGUGCUGGUUACAGAAGGCUAUAUUAAGGAAUAACUGAACAAAGAUCAUAGAUAACAAAAAUGGAAGAA